CGAGGUCUUCGCUUCCGUAAAUCAUCUUUGUGAUGGUCCCCUACAAAAAGACUUGGAGGCUUAAAUACUUGAAAGAAAGGGCCCACUGUGAGUCUGUGACCAUGACCAAGUCAUUUUUUUUUUUUUUUUCAUAAUUCAUAGUCAAAUUUGAACUCUUAAAAAUAAGUGUCUGACACUGCUAAAUCACUAUCUGUUGAUACCAUGACCAUAUCUCGGUCAAUUUUUUUUUUUACAUUUUUAACAAUCCAAACCAACACUGUUGUUAGUCUAGUCUUUGGCAGGUCAACAAACACUAGCACUUUUUUUUUUUUUUAUAUGAAAAAAAAUAAUAAAAAAAAACCCUCACAGAUUUCCUACCCCAUGGCAUUUACGUAUCUCCAAUCUCUCUGUGUCUCUCUCCACCCUUCUAUUCCCUCCUCCAUUUGAGUAGAUAUUGAUUCAACAAAGCAUACCAAUUUAUUGAUAAUGCUCAAAAGUAAAAAUGUACCAUAUCAAGGUAUAUUUCAAGGUACCAGUUUUUAAGAGUAGAAAAUAGAACCAGUUUUAUUUCAAGGUAUAUUUUCAUUAGUGAACAUUACGGAUAACUAGUAUGUCUAGCUCACUCAAUAUCUUCUGAAUCAAUGUGUUCCUCCACCUUCCUUUUUCCUUCUUCCUUCUUCUGCCCACUUGAAGCAAAUAGAGAAUAUAUAUGUGUGUGUUUGUGUGUGUGAUGCAUAUAUAAUACUCUGUACAAUAAAAAUUGCAGCUGUAGAUUAGAGCAGGUACAUUAACUCUCUCCUCUUGUUCUUGUUCUUGGCAAUCCUUGAGUUGGUGUUCUCUAAACUGCCUCCAAACCAGAUAACCAACAUGGUCAAACUCUCUGAGCUUCUCAGAAACAACUUAGCUUCUGAUUUUCCAUGGAAUAAUAAAACAAAUUCAAACCCAUGUUUGUGGAAGGGAGUUUUGUGCAACUCCACAUCCUCCUCCAUCACCAAAGUUUUUCUCUCUGGUUUCUCUCUCUCUACCUCUCAUUUUCUGCCUGUUCUUUGCCAGAUUGAUACGUUGCGGUCCAUUUAUCUCUCCAACAACCAUUUGAGCGAAAUCCCAAAUGGGUUCAUGAUAGGUUGUGGAGAGAUUGGUGGGUCAAAGCUGUUGAAUUUCAGUAUGAACAAAUUGAGUAGUCCUUUGCCCACUUUUCAUGGUUUUGGUAUGUUGGAGUUCUUGGACUUGUCCCAUAAUUUUCUGGAUGGCGAGAUUCAUUUACAGUUAGAUGGAUUGGUUGGACUCAAAAGUUUAAACCUUAGCCACAACCAAUUCAGUGGUUCUGUUCCUGAACUAGCAAGUUGUAGGAAUUUGAGUCAGGUUGAUCUUAGUGCAAAUAAGCUUUCUGGGUCAGUUCCUGAAACAUUUAGCCAGCUUUCCGAGCUGGAGAUUUUGAAUCUACAAGGCAACAAUCUUAGCGGUCGAAUACCCGAUUCGAUUGGCAACUUGAAUUCCCUAUUGGAACUCCAAGUUGGGAUGAACAGAUUAAUUGGGAAUAUCACAUCACUGCCAACAAAUUUGCAAAUUGGUUUGAAUCUCAGCAACCACCUCUUUGAAGGACCUAUCCCCCACACACUUUCUCAAUUGAAGGAUUAGAAGUUCUG